UAUGGUGCGAAUUUGCACCUGCAAAGCUGUUUAUUUUAGCUAAAACAACAACUUCAUGUAUGGGAUUUUGGCAAAACAACAACGCGCAGGUCCCUUUCCUCAUCAGACUUUCUCUCUCUCCCCCGUAAGAAAAGAAAACGAAAGUAAGAAAACCAUCCUUCUUUCUUUUCUCCUAUCUAUUGCUUCUGUUCUGUGCCUAGAUACACAAAGAAAGAAAGCCCUAUAAAUAGGGCAGAGAGAGUGAAGUCUAAGCACUUUGGCUUCUUUGGGAUUCUAAAUUUUCCGAAAGCUGAAGUGGCCGGAGAGUGACCAAAUUAAACCCAGGUAGGCAUGGGAAGAGGAAAGAUCGAGAUCAAGAGGAUAGAGAAUACUACGAAUCGUCAGGUGACUUUCUGCAAGAGGAGAAAUGGACUGCUGAAGAAAGCUUAUGAAUUGUCAGUCCUUUGUGAUGCUGAAGUUGCGCUGAUCGUCUUCUCCAGUCGUGGCCGCCUCUACGAGUACUCCAACAACAACAUAAAAUCAACUAUCGAGAGGUACAAGAAGGCUUGUUCAGAUAGUUCAAAUACCAGCUCCAUUACAGAAAUUAAUGCCCAGUAUUAUCAACAAGAGUCAGCUAAACUGAGGCAACAAAUUCAGAUGCUACAGAAUUCUAACAGGCAUCUAAUGGGUGACUCCUUGAGUUCCCUAACUGUGAAGGAGCUAAAGCAAUUGGAGAAUAGACUUGAACGAGGCAUUACCAGAAUCAGGUCAAAGAAGCAUGAAUUGCUGCUGGCUGAAAUAGAGUACUUGCAGAAAAGGGAGAUUGAGCUGGAAAAUGAAAGUGUUUGUCUUCGUACCAAGAUAGCAGAAAUCGAGAGGCUUCAGCAAGCAAACAUGGUGACUGGAGCAGAGCUCAAUGCUAUUCAGGCAUUAACAUCUCGCAAUUUCUUUGGUCCUCACAUGAUUGAGGGCGGAACUGCAUACUCUCACCCUGACAAGAAGAUUCUCCAUCUUGGGUGAACAGUAAGAGAAGCAAGUGAAGGUGCAAGUGUUGUGCUGAUUUAUGUAUUAUGUAAUCCAAAAAUAAAGAUAUACCAAAACCCUAGUACUGUGUAAUUAUGAUGAACGUGUGUCGUCCAGUUAAACUGGAACUACUGUUUAAGUCAGCUCCUUCUACUUGGCCAAUGGAACUGGCAGCUUCCUCCACUAACCGCGACUUUUUUACAUGGCUUAAUGCAGUAGUAACAACUAUAACUGGCUUAAUCACUGAUCACUGUUGAAGGCCAGUGAUUAUGCUAGUUUUAUCAAAUAUUUGUUUGGUUGUCUUGUGGACUUCUAUUGUGUAAUUGAUGAA